AUGUUAAUGCAACAAUACAAUCAAAUAUUAUCUAGAUCUGGUUGGGCCGUUCCACUUGCAAUAUGCUGUAUUUUGUCCACACUUUUAAUAAUUGCUGGAACAAUCAUUCUUUCAUUAAUUCCAGUUUAUGUAACACCAAAAGAUAUCAAUCAUAAUGCAUUAUCAAAUAAGAUCUCUUUUUAUACUAUCUAUGCUUCGGAUAUGAUUGACGGUCGAUCACUUACAUUAUCUGACACAGAUGAUUUGUCUUUACAGAUGGAGAAAAAUAUUCCACGUUUAAAUAAGAUGAUGAGCAUUAAGUCACUUCGAUUUUUACCUCAGGCAGUAUCGACUAGAAGUAAAAGACAAACAUCAGACAGUACGAUCAUUUGUGAACAAAAUACAGGACUAACUGGUGAUUUAUUUGCUACCAAUGAUGAAGUUCAGUUAUCAUCGACAUGUCAUUCAUCAAAUUGCCAUCAAGGACAUCUUGAAAAAAGUGAAAAUACUAUUCGAAAUAAUAAUAAUCGUCUUACUGUUAACAUGAAAUCUACUGACAAUAAAACACGCAUUGUCAACUUAGCAUUUUGUGGAUUUUCCACAACAGAUCCUUACGAUCGAAUAACAAGUGCAACAAAAUGUACAUCAGAAACAUCAACUUAUGUUUAUUUAUUAGAUCAAGAUAGUAAUUUGUUUCAGUUUCAUCCUGAAACAUUUACUGUGACAUUUAUUGCCAUGAUAAACUGUUCUGCUACUGCCUAUCCAUAUUCUAUGGCUAUUCAACGUAAUGGUACAGCUUGGGUUUUAUUUACUGAUGGAAGUUUAUAUACUUUUGAUGUUACAAAUGUUCAAUGUCGAACAACAACAUAUGUUGCUGAGCAGGAAGGUUUGAUUCUUUUUGGAAUGCAUUUUGCUACAGAUGGAUCAAAUAAUAAUGAAAAACUUUAUCUUAGUAGUGAUUCUUCAAAUCCUCCAUUUCGUCUAGCAACUCUUGAUAUUGAUACUCUAGAAAUUUCUAUUAUUGGAUAUUAUGAAACUAUUAGUGCGCGUGCAGAAUUAACAGGCACAAAUGAUGGAAAAUUAUUUGGUUUAUUCGAAGGUGCACCUUAUAUUAUUGCUGAAAUAAAUCGAACAAAUGGUGAAAUCUUAUCAAAAACAUCACAAGAUAUGAUACAAUAUACUUCUGAUUCAUCAAAUUUUGCUUUUACAACUUAUUCAUCAAACUUUUUUCUAUUUGUUGGUGAUAAUAGCUUUACAGACAUAUUUAUUUAUAAUUUAUCGACUAAAAUAACAACGAAGACGACUAGAAUAUCUAAUGGAAUUGUUGGUUCAGCAGUUUCGACAUGUUUAUAA